AUGCAUCUUUCACGAAGGGAAACUAAAGGUCAGUUUCUCAUAGAUCACAUCUGCAACUAUUACAGCUUGCUGGAAAAAGACUAUUUUGGCAUUCGAUACGUUGACCCUGAGAAGCAGAGGCACUGGCUUGAGCCCAACAAGUCCAUCUUCAAGCAAAUGAAAUCUCAUCCACCAUAUACCAUGUGCUUUAGAGUGAAAUUCUACCCACAUGAACCCUUGAAGAUUAAAGAAGAGCUCACCAGAUACCUCUUAUAUCUACAAAUAAAAAGGGACAUUUUCCAUGGCCGUUUGCUGUGUUCUUUUUCUGAUGCUGCCUACCUGGGUGCCUGUAUUGUCCAAGCUGAGCUUGGUGAUUAUGAUCCUGAUGAACACCCAGAGAAUUACAUCAGCGACUUUAAGAUUUUUCCCAAGCAGUCACAAAAGCUCGAGAAGAAAAUAGUUGAAAUGCAUAAAAAUGAAUUCAGAGGUCAAAGCCCAGCGGUUGCUGAAUUUAACUUGCUCCUGAAAGCUUAUUCUUUGGAAACUUAUGGUGUUGAUCCUCAUCCUUGCAAGGACUCAACAGGGACAACUACAUUUUUAGGAUUCACAGCUGCAGGAUUUGUCGUUUUCCAGGGGAAUAAAAGAAUUCAUUUGUUAAAAUGGUGUGAUGUCUAUAAACUGAAAUUUGAAGGAAAGACUUUUUAUGUGUUCGGAGCUCAGAAAGAGAAAAAGGCUGUGCUGUCAUUCCAUACCUCUACACCAGCAGCUUGCAAGCAUCUUUGGAAAUGUGGGGUGGAGAACCAGGCUUUUUACAAGUAUGCAAAAUCCAGUCAGAUCAAGACCAUGUCCAGCAGCAAGAUAUUUUUUAAAGGCAGUAGAUUUCGAUAUAGUGGAAAAGUAGCCAAAGAGGUUGUGGAGGCAAGCUCUAAAAUCCAGAGGGAACCUCCAGAAGUUCACAGAACCAGCAUUACCCAGAGUCGCAGCUCUCCCUCAUUGAACAAGCAACUCAUAAUCAACAUGGAACCUCUGCAGCCCCUCCUUCCUUCUCCCUGCGAGGAGGAGGAGGUUCCUUUAGAUGAAGGUAUCCAGCUACCAAAGGAAGAUGAGAUUCCAGUACCUGUGACUUCAAGCUCCCCAGUUAAGGACACUGGGGAUAAUGUUGAUCUUGCCAUUGAACAGGAGGAGAAGAUGAAAGAGGAACCUCUAACCAUCUCAGAACUGGUAUACAAUCCUAGUGCCAGCUUGCUGCCCACUCCUGUUGAUGAUGAAAUUGACAUGCUCUUUGAUACCUGUCCAAGAGUAGAGAAUGAGAAAGAUGAUACAGAUUCAUUUGAGGAACUGGAAGCAGAUGAAAAUGCAUUUUUGAUUGCAGAGGAGGAAGAACUGAAAGAAGCUCGGAGAGCGCUUAGGUGGAGCUAUGACUUUCUAAUGGGCAACAUAGAGGUGAAUGCCUUUGUGAAGAGUUUCUCCAGACUUCUCCUUGUAGGCCUUGGACUGUUGUUGUUUGUGUUCCCUCUUCUCCUUGUUCUCUUGGAGUCGGACCUUCAGAUCUCUUUUCUUCAUGAAAUCCGUCAGACGCCGGAGUUUCAGCAGUUUCAUAUUGAAUAUUACUGCCCCCUUAGGCAGUGGGUGGCUUGCAAAAUAAACUUCAUUCGUGAUAUGCUGGGCAGCUUUUAA